GCUGACGAUGACUCGGUGUGGUCCGGCUUCAGUUUGCACCGAAGCCCGACCGCGUACGGACACACGCUGCACGCGUUGCGCGCUUUGCGUUUCAUCCACAACGUUUUUCGUGGCGACCGUCGCCACAAGACGACGACAACGGUUACGUGGUUAGUUGGGAGUGUGUCCAGCGAUGUUCCUAGUGCUAGCUAGUUCCAUUUGCCGUCCCAUUUCCUAACACAAGCGGUGAAUCUGUAGAAAGACAGCACUCGGGUGUAAGGUCAAGUGCCGGAAAAGUGAAGUUGAAGUUACCCAUCGAACAUCACCACCAGAACUCGACUAGGUCGUGGACGUCAAAGUACUAUGAGUGUGCUGAUGUGCUGAUUAUGGUUUAAUGUAGUGAUACGGCUCGAGUGAUACUUAGCAGAGACUUCUCGGCGAAUACGAAAACCUUUAAGCCGUGUGUCUGUGUCUAUGUGAAUGUGUGUCUUUUUUUGUGUACAAAAAUGAGCAACCGGAGCAGGAUUGUAGUAGCAUCUAGUGGUACGCACUAGUGCUAGUGUGCGUGUAGGAUAGUAUUACCGAGAAAUUGAGUGUGUGUGUGUGUGUGUGUGCUUAGUGCUCGCUGCUUAACCUUUUGCGCCCUGCUGAAACGACAAACCCUACCAUUCCCCGUCGGGCGGUCAAGUGGCGUUACAGAAACACAUACACACACGCUGAAGUACACAUGAGCAGCUUUGCCGCGUUAGGCCGCAUGAUGCGCCUGAAUGGUAGGCUAACCGCAGCCGUCCUAUUACUGCAGGCGUUAACGCUUGCCAGAUGUCUGCAGCUGACGGAAAUUACUGUGCCGGAUGUGGUGGAUGUCCGGGAGACAGUUACACUCUCCUGCAGCUACGACAUGGGCACGCAUAAGCUUAACUCCGUCAAAUGGUACAAAGACGAACGAGAGUUCUUCAGGUACUCGCCGCUAAUGCCGAAGAGCUUGAUGCUGUUCGAUGUGGAGGGCGUGACGGUGCUGCAGAACUCGACUGGCCAGAUCUGCAACCAGUUCAUGUGUAGCAUUCAGCUGCACCGGCUCAACAUACGGUCGAGCGGAUCAUACCGGUGCGAAAUAUCUGGCGACGCGCCAGAGUUCAAGCUGGCGCACGGUGUCGGCAACAUGACGGUGGCCGUCUAUCCGCAGUUUGAUCCCAUCAUCAACGGGUUACAGCACAACGGGGUGCAGCACAACUACGCGCUCGGCGACUUUGUCGUCGCGAACUGCUCGUCGGAUAUGUCAAGCCCACCGGCCCGGCUCUACUGGUACAUCAACGAUCGCAAUGUUCCGUCAGAUUACCUACAGCCGCAGCACGAGUCGACGGUCGAGAACGAUGGAUUCCAGCUGCGUCAGCGGACGCUCGAGAUCCGGUUCUACAUCGACGAGAAGCGGCUCGGCAAGCUGAAGGGCAAGCUGGUGCUCAAGUGUCUCGCCCGAAUCGACGCCAUUCCGCAGGCCACGCGGGAAUCGACGCAGAUCAUUUACAUCCCGACGACGGACGAGCUGCGCAACCAGAAGCUGAUCAACUGGCGUGGCUCGGACGCUUCUUCGUUACAGUACGCUACGCUCGCCCGGUUUUCUGUACUCUUCACCGUCACGCUUGGUGGUUUCAGGUGGUUCGUGUAAUUACAGACAUGCGUGUAUGAAGUAAAUCACAUCACACACACAUCACAUUCCGUUCGUUGCUGGAGAGAAGCAGAAGAAUCAGCAGAAGCAUCAGCAGCAGUAGUAGCAGCAGCAGCAGCAGCAGCAGCAGCAGCAUCAGCAGCAGCAGCAGCAGCAGCGAAGUAAGUACAUCCAGUAUACAAACUAGCGCAUGCAAGUUGUAGUUGAAGAACUAUAAGUAGAAAAAAGCAGAAAGGUUCAGCAGGGCGCGUAUCACGAGCAAAAUAGCAAUGCAAGCAAGCAGUCGAAGAAAGAAGGAGAAUUGUGUGGAUAAAAACAUGAUUCACGCAAACACGCAUGCGAAGAAGCAAAAAGAAGGUAAAUCAAAAUUGAGAUUUCUUAUCCUUGUUAGUACCGUACCAGUUUAUGCUCGGUUGUUGAGUGAUCUCGUUGAGUUUCGGACUAAGUUGCGCCAACACUUUUACCAAUUUACCCUGUUGCAUUUAACGCGAACGUUUACGCAUACUAUUAAGAGUAAGGAUUGGAAAACAAUGUAAAACAAGCAUGGGCGAUGGCAAACAAUACGAGAAAAAUUAAGUAAACAGAGAAAAUAAGAAAAAAAGGUAGCCAACACGGAUAAACGCAUCAAAAUGAUGACCAGUAGCAGGAGAAAGUAUGUGACAGAGUUGAUAAAAUGAACACAACAUUGUCAAAUUGAAGGGAAAAAGCAGUAAAAUGUAAAUAAUUAAUCACUUGGCUUCGGCCCACAGCAGAGCUAGGAACGGCAUGCUUAGAAAAUAGGGAGGGACAGAGGAAACAAAGCAAAAUGGAAUAAUGGUAUCCUGGUGCGCUCCAAGUCUCAAAAUAAUGACAACCAAAUUGAAACGAUUUCGGUUUGGUUGACGCGACUUGGAAACAAUAACAUUUUGCUGUUUGAAAAUGGCACAAAGUGUGGAAAAAAAGAAAAAAAAAGAAACCGCAUCCUUUUGCGUAAAAA